GACGUCACCCGGGCAGGGAGGGGGAUCAGUCCAGUACAGCGGCUAUCAACGGCCAACAGCUGUGCAUCUGCGCCCGGUGAUAGCGAGGACAGGGCCGGUGGCCCCUGGUUCUCGGUGCCGAUGGGGCAGAUGGCCUCGCCUCUUCGCAGCUGAUCCCGAACCGAGGUUUCCUGAGCGGCCAGUUCGUCCAGCGAGCGCCCUGACCACUCGGACAGACCAACAUGCUGCCCAGGAGCCUACGCACAGGGGGGUGUGACCUGCCAGGGGUGGAGUCCUACUCGGUGCCUCUGAUUGGUUACCGGCCGCUGUCACCUGAUAGCCCUAGCAGCCAAUCGGGAAGGAGCGCGGUGGAGGUGGACAGUGCACAGACAGAGGCCCCCAUGAAGACCACCUGGUACUGCCCCCUGGACCUGUCUACAGUGGUGGAGGAGGAGGAGGAGGGCAUCAUCUACACUGUGAUGGUGAAGCCACAGCACAGCGCCCCCUACAGCUCCAGGACGGGAUCGAGCCGGACCCAGAGCGUGAAGGCUGGCACAGAGGAGAAGCUCGUGCUGCACCUGCUCCACUGUCUCUCCACCGGGGACGCCUCUUACGUCACCAUCUUCCUCUGCACCUACCGCUCCUUCAUCAGCACGCGCAGGGUCUUGGACAUCCUCGCUGACCGGCUCGAGGACCCCCCGGGCAGCAGUGAGUCCAGCCCCACCAGACAGGCCUUCAACAGGGCAGUGUGCAGCGUCUUCAUCACCUGGCUCUCGGAGUACCCAGAGGACUUUGAGGGCCUGGGGGAGCCUUCGUGCCUGCUGCGCCUGGCCCCUCUCCUGCCCUCUCCGGAGCUCAGGGCCCGUAUGCUUCAACUGGCCGAGGAGCUAAGCGAGAGAGCACUGAUGUCCCCCACACGCACAGAAGAGCCCCCCCCUCCUCCUCCGGACCCCUCAGACUUUGAGCCCACUCACAUUCUGGGCUUCCCCACGUCGCUCAUCGGUGAGCAGCUCACCCGCAUUGAGACGGAGCUGUUUGUACGCCUGGUGCCCUACCACUGCCUGGGCUCGCUCUGGUCUCAGCGGGAUAAGAAGGGGCGAGAGGGCCAGUGCUGGUCAGUGCGGGCCACGGUCAGACAGUUCAACAGACUGACCAACGCCGUGCUGGCCUCCUGCCUGUGGAACACCCGCCUGCGCAGCCAGCAGAGGGCGCGCCUGCUGGAGAAGUGGAUCAGCGUGGCAGAGGAGUGCCGGGUGAGGAAAAACUUCUCCUCUCUGUACGCCAUCGUGUCAGCCCUCCAGAGCAACCCCCUGCACCGGCUGAGGAGGAGCUGGCAGCACACAGACAGAGAGUCCCUCAGGAGGUAUGAGGAGCUGACUGAGAUCUUCUCAGACAAGGACAACUACUCCCAGAGCCGAGAGCUGCUCAAAGAGGAGGGCACAUCCAAGUUCGCAAACCUCGACAACAGACUGAACAACAAGAACUUCUCCAAAUCUUCUGCCCAGGGAACUGUGCCGUACCUGGGGCUCUUCCUCACUGACCUCACCAUGCUGGACACUGCUGUGAAGGACCGCCUCGAUAAUGGAUACAUCAACUUCGACAAAAGGAGACGGGAGUUCGAGGUGCUGGCUCAGAUUCGCCUCCUGCAGUCCUCCUGUAAGAACUGCACAUUCCGCACAGAGCCGGCCUUUGUGCGCUGGUACCACAGUGUCCCCAAGCUGUCCGAGGCCGACAGUUACAGACUGUCCAAUGAGAUCGAAGCAGCAAGUGACCCCGGCCCCCGCGGAGCCACGCCCACCGUCAUCAUCACACAGUGUUCAGACCUGAGUGGCUCCCGCAGCAGCCUCCCCACAGACUCGGACAGUCUGUUUGACUUCACGUCACCAGUGAACCACCUGCUCUCCAAACUCACCAAGCACAUGCGCUCUCCCUCAGUGUCCUGUCUGGAUGUGGACUCCUCUCCACCCACCGCUGAGCCAAGCCCGGCCGCCCUCACCCCCUCCUCCCCGACUAAGUCCCACCGGCGCUCGGCCUCAUGUGGUAACAACCCUCCUGGAGGCUCCCAGGGCUCGGGGCCCGACAUGCGCAUCAUCCGCAUCCGCAUGGAAAUACAGGAUGGCAACCUGUACCGCAGCAUCCUGGUGACCAGUAAUGACAAGACCCCCACGGUGAUCAGCAGUGCCUUAGAGAAACACAACCAGGACCCUCGAGAGGUCCCCUACUACGAACUGCUUCAGCUGCUGCCCGAGGACAAAGAGCUGCUGAUCCCGCCCACAGGAAACGUCUUCUACGCCAUGAGCUCAUCCAGCGUGGACUUCCUGCUGAGAAGAAAAGGCGGGACCACACCUCUGGGCUCGCAGCCAAUCAGCACGGAGACCAGCGCCACCUAUCCACGAAUCAAGUCCAAGGGGCGUCGGCUUGUGCGGACGCUGUUCUGAUGUGGCCUGCUGAGGGCGCUGGUGAGGGGCCUACAGACUCUUCAGACUAUGCACUUAACCUUAAACUGGAGCUGUACUGACACACAAGUAUCAGACUGUGCGGAGGAAUACAUUUUCUACAGUGAAGACUUAAAGCUUCCAUAUUAUGCUUUUGAAAUACUUUCGGACAUACACCAUUUUAAGACCUUUUUUUCUUAAAGACGCGGUAUUAUUAUUUUAGCUUUCUACCAUGUUAUAAUAUUGUUCCCUCAUAAAAAAAACAAAACAUGUCUGGUGAGGUUUUAGAUGUCAUCCGUGCAUGUUUGAGUAAUCUAGCGAUCUCAGGCUUUAUUCAAUUGGACGAUUCUCCAUAAAUAUACAAAAACAUGAUACAAAACUGUACACUACAACUUCACAAGCCUGAUGCGAUGUGCAAUGGCUUCAUUAGCGAGAUGCAUGUCAAGUGUGCUGUGAUGGCGCUCUGAAGGGGGAGUGACUUAGUGCGGAGAGCAAGGAGACUCAGAGCAUCGAAAACGGCAAAUUUAAUAUUUUCAACACAAUAAAAGGUAAAUAUGACAUGUGUUAGCAGUUAAUACCCCAUAGAAGUAAAAUACCCCCUCUUUAAAGGUGCAGCGUGUAACUUUUCUAGGGGAUGGGGUGGGUACGUCACCCGCUCGUCUCCAUGGAGAUGUAAAUGCUGUGCCUUGAAUCCAUGUACAGCACCCAUAAUGAAAUAGCUGCUAGAUGAUGAUAGAUAGAUAUGUUUAAUGCCAUACUGCGGGACAGACCAAGCGAGCAACAAUAUAGAGACAAACUUGUAGAGUAGCACUAAAAAGUUACGCAGUGUACCUUUAAAAUAAAACUCAUGUAUGGCAAAGAAACAUAGAAGGAAAACACAUUCAAACUGCCAACGUCAAAGUUCAUGCAUCCUAAUGAAGAGCACUGAGCUGUGACCGUGGCGUCGUUUUGAGAAGACGCUCAGGUCAGGACUAUGCAAACGUGUGUGAAUGGAUUAGAAGAAAGCUGCACAUACGUUUUUUUCACGAGGAGGAGGUUUCAACACUGAGGUCUGCAUAAUAUGGAACCUUUAAGAACAUUUAAGUACCUUUAAGAACCUUUGAGAACCUUUGAGAACCCUCACGAGGCAGAUGGGUCAAACAUCUCCAGUGUGCUCCUCUGCCUGUGGUCUGCUGGGAGGGUCAUGGAGACGUGGAGGUCUGGAGAUGAGGACGAUAGUGAAUGUAGUCCAUCGUUUCGUUCAUUUGUAUCAGAUGUUACCGGGGGUGACGCAGGUGAUGGACGAUGUUCUGUCAAAUGCUGUUUCCCUUCUUCCUAUUGGUCGGCCUGUGUCGUGCUCUGAGUGAGUGACAGGUGGAUUUAAGUUGGAGAGAUAAGUGAGGACUCUCAGAAGAAUAAACAACACACACUCUUUACCUGUCGCCUUCAGAUGGUCGCAAAAUGGCUGCUUUAUACUAAUGAGUUCAAACAUGAAGGUGAAAGGUGCUGUCCCUCACUCAUCUGAUAUGAAUGAUAUAACGAUGUGACAAAAUGGACCUUCUGCUUCCAGUGAUAUUUAGGUCUGCUGAACACUGCUCAAACCACAGCCUCACUGUCGCCCCCCGGUGGCACUUUCACGUUGCUCUUCCAGGAAACUCAUGGUGACCGGGGCUGCAUCCCAUUUCUCCUGACCUCAAAACCUCCUCAAGCUCCUCAAGGUAAUAGCGGCUUUCCCUGAGGAUAGCACUCUCACCCCACAGCAAUAAGGUCUAAGGAUUGACUCCACAGUUUAAUUUCCACAACAUGUAUUAUCUGGCAUUUCACUUUUCGCCUGAUCUGAUGUAGUUUUGAGAGAGGAGUAACCCAAAGGAGGACCAAACAUCACUGCAGAGGAGCCUGAGUACAGCCAGAAGAAGGCCAGGUUCCACAGUUUGAGAACCACUGCUCCAGAGGUCCCCCAUGCACCAGAAAGUGUAUAGAAGGUUAACCCUCCAGCUAGGUACCCCUGACUCCUUGAUUCAAAAAUGGUUUAGAAGUUAACAGCUCCUUUUACCUUUAGUUCAGCAGCGAUUGGGAAUUCCAGUGCUAAAAUUAUCUAAAUGAUUCUAGUGAAGGUGCGUGGAGUUUAAAAACACAGUGGAGCACUUCCUGUAUUACCGCAUGACAUCACAAGGUGGAACAGAAAGUUUUCAGUUUGAGAGAAGAACUCAACUGAGGGUUUUGCAGGGUUUGUGUGAAUGGAACAAAAUCCCAGGUAUGUUUGUGUUGAGGAAACAACAUCAGGACAUGGAUCAGAAAAUAUCGUAAUAUGGGCUCUUUCAAGUACACUUUAUUGUCCCCGUAAUAAACUUUGUCCUCUUGAUCUUGAGCUGGUCUUGGUCAGGACUACCCUAGCUGGAGGAAUUGACCUAUCGUGCAUGUUUUGGGUUGAUGGGGGAAACAGGAGUGCCCGAAGGAAACCCACCCAGACGCAGAGAGAACAUGCAAACUCCACUCAUUAAAGCCCGGAAUUGAACUCGGUGCCUCCUUGCUGUGAGGCGUGAGUGCUAGAUUCUAAGCCGCUAGAGGUUUCCUGGUGGCAGCGGUUGAAAGAAUGGAAAUGAAAAUUAAAAUCUACAAAAUAAAUAAAUAAGAGUUGAGGAUUGGAGGGGCUGAGUCUGGAGAAAUGGUCGGUCCAGCACCACUUCAAUACUCGAGUCCCGUGACCUCUGAUUGGACGGCUCAGUGUCUGUGAAGCCUCUGAUUGGCUGAGGACUGAGUGGGUGUGGCCAGGGUGAGGACUUGUGUGUGCCUUGUUGUGCGUUUUUGUGUGUGUGUGUGUAUGUGUGCGUGCUUGUGUGUGCGUGUCCAAGAUUUCAACUAUUUAUGCACUACAAAGAAUGUCCUAUUUUUGCAGUAAUAAAUAUAGUUUAU